CACGCACAUUCUUGCUCACAUGCAGGAGUUAGUGGGAUUGUUCAGUUAGAAGCUGCUGCUACAGCGAAACACAGUGAAAUCCAAACUGUGAUCAAGGACAGUUUCAUUUAGCUCUGCUCUCUGAUCCACCAUGAUGCUGUAUGUGAUUAUUCCACUGUGUGCUCUGCUCACUUUCACCCAACAGGUAACUUCAGGUGGUUCGUGUGUGUGUGACUUGACUAAUUCAGAGCAGCCAUUCCCUCAUGACAAACUCAUCACAGUGGAGGACAAUGCAUCACAAUGCAACAGUAAAAUCACCCGCCAGAAGGUAACUAAUCAUCUGGAGAGUCUGCUGCUGGGUUUGGACCGACGUCUGCCUCAGAUACAGGAAGACGUAUCAGUUUUGGAGAAAGAGGAUGAUGGAGAACUUUAUGGAGUUCUCAGCCUGCAGGUGAUAGAGAAUGAAAUGAAGGAUAUCAAACAGCUCAUCGACAAGCUCAACAGCACCACCCUCGGAUACCAGCACCUCACCACUGAAACCACUCAACAGCUGGAGGACCUGAAAGCAGAGAUGCAGGAGCUGGAGAAGUAUGACACCAUGCAGGUGGUGAAGAGUCAACAAGCCAACCAGCGUCUUAAGAGAGAUCUGGACCAGUGCAAGAAUGGACCUUAUACCACCAUCCAACCCACUCAGCCUCAACAUGGUUACUGUCCACAUGGUCAGUUUCUGAACAUCAGUGGACCCAGGGUGUACACAGCAGGAGAAUAUCCUGGCUCCUACAUGUACGGCGCCUGGGGUCGGGAUCCCAAACCAGAAGCAGGGAAGGAGAGCUGGUAUUGGCUGGUACCGAUGACCUCCAGCAACAGAUACUGCAACUACGUCCGUCUGUACUCCAGCCUGAGCUCUCUCAUUGUUGGAGUGAGCGUCCCAGGUAAUGUUCAGAUCCACUCCUCUAACCCAACCACCAACACCAUCCAGGGUCCAAAUGUUGUUCUGUAUGGAGGAGCCUUAUACUACAACUGCUACAACCAAGAUGCUGUUUGUCGAUUCAACCUCACCGCUAAAAGUAUUACCACCUUACAACUACCCAAAGGCACCAGAUUUAACUCAAAGGGAAACUUCUGCCACCUUGAUGAAUGCUACCCAUUUACUGACUUGGACCUGGCAACAGAUGAGUCUGGCGUCUGGGUGGUCUACACCACCAACCAGGACUUUGGCAACCUGGUGCUAUCCAAGGUGGAGAUGGGUGAAUCAAUGAUUCUCAGCCAAACCUGGCACACCUCAGUCUACAAACAGGGGGUGACCAACACCUUCAUGGCCUGCGGCGUGCUCUACGCGACACGAUACAUCAGCAAACAGGUGGAGGAGAUCUUCUAUUCGUUUGACACUGUGACAAGGGAGGAGAAGUUCAACGUUGGCAUCUUCAUCAACAAGAUGAAGCCCAACAUUUAUGCACUGAACUACAGUCCCGUGGACCAGAUGCUACAUGCUUACUGUGACUCCUAUAUGGUCUCCUAUAAGGUUUUGUUUGGGUGAAUGAAUAAUCCUGCCAUUUUCUAUAAACGCCUAUUUUUGAAUCAUCAAUCUGUAAUAGUGACAAACACAAACAAAUGAAGGUUAGCUCAUAAAAAGGGCUUGGGGGGAGGGGUGAAAUAACCUGUACUAUACAUGGUAUACAUGGUAAAUUUACAUGCUAAAUUCACCAUAAUGUACAUUUACAUCCUACUGCUUUCAUCAGUAUAAAAACAGUCAUGUCACACUCAGUCCACUGCUGCUGUAAGUUUAUCUUAUUUUUCUUCUACUGUUUUCAUUCACUAAAUCAGCUGCUUCUGUUUCGCUGUUUAUUUCAACUGGUGCUAUUGUUGAUGAAGCUCAACACUUCCUGGACAUGUUUCGCUUCAAGAGCCUAACAAGACAGAAGUUAGUCAUGUCCUCUGAUCUGCUGGUAUUAUUAUGGAAUUGUAGUGAGGACAGCUACUGAAACAUGCAUGUUUCAACCUUUUUUCAUGCUGAAGAUGCAAACAGGCUAAAAUUUCCUGCUGUAACUGAUGAACACCAACAGUACACAAAAUAGACUUUCAGUAAAGUUGUGAUGCACAUUUCA